GAUGAAGUCAAAGUUGCGCGCGGCGUAGACAGUCCUGUGCCGCCGAACAGCCGACGCUUACGUUGGAAGCGCCCAGGACAUCACUGCGCCUGAUUUAAAUUCCAAGGAUCUACAGCUCCGAUGGUUUGAGCCCUAGCCACACCGCCGGGAGGGAGUACACCAUUGUGAGCGUAGAUCGACCACGUUAACUAGAGCGAUAAAUAAUGGCGGCGAAGAACCCGACUGUAGACCCUGCACCAGCUCCAGCUGCCCCCGCACCAGCUGCCCCCGCACCAGCUGCCCCCACACCAGCUGCCCCCGCACCAGCUGCCGCCGCACCAGCUGCCCCCGCGGCAGCUCCAGAAGCCCCCGCGGCAGCUCCAGAAGCCCCCGCGGCAGCUCCAGAAGCCCCCGCGGCAGCUCCAGAAGCCCCCGCGGCAGCUCCGGAAGCCCCAGCGGCAGCUCCGGAAGCCCCAGCGGCAGCUCCGGAAGCCCCAGUGGUAGCUCCGGAUGCCCCCGCGCCAGCACCGGAUGCACCCACAGCAGCUCCGAGUGCCCCUGCAACAGCUCCAGAUGCUCCCGUAGCCCCUAAGGUUGCUACCGCUCCUCAAGCGUCGGCUGGUCCCAGUAAUGAAGAUUGGGUGUUUUCUCCUCCGAAGCCAUCCUUGGAUAUAAAGGAACUUCCAAAAAAAGUCGCUGAUUUCGUCGAAGAGUUUCGAAACCUUUGCCAACCUGCCAGCGUCUACGUGUGCGUUGGAAGCCGCAUAGAGUCCGAAGCUAUUUUACAGCAUUUGGUGAAACUACGAAUCGCUACACCGCUUCAAAAGCAAAUUCACAGUUUCUACGUCAGGACAGAUCCCCGCGACGUGGCUCAUGUAGAAGGCAGGACGUGUAUUUCAAUGCCAAGGAAAGAAGAUGCAGUGGCACCCACCCGACCUGGGGUCGCCCCUUUAUUGGGCAAUUGGAUCUCACCCGAUGAACUUCGUAAAAUCCUAGCAGAAUGCUUUCCGGGGUGCAUGAGAGGUCGCACCAUGUUUGUUCUACCGUUUAGCAUGUGUCCACUGGACUCACCGCUCUGCCGUCUGGGGGUACAGGUGACGGACUCCCCCUAUGUUGCUGCUUGCAUGCACAUCAUUACUCGCAUGGGGAAAACGGCUUUGGAGGCCACAAAGAACAAAGACUUUGUAAAAUGCGUCCACUCCAUGGGCGUACCACUACCGGCCAAAGACGAAGUCAUUAACCACUGGCCGUGCAGCCCCGAGAACACCAUUAUCGCCCAUGUGCCAAAUGAAAACCAGUGCAUCUCCUUUGGUAGCGGCUACGGUGGAAACUCUAUCUUGGCGAAGAAGUGCUUCGCGUUACGGAUCGCCUCAGUUAUGGGACAAAAGGAGGGUUGGCUCGCAGAGCACAUGCUGAUCCUAGGUAUCACGGCUCCCUCUGGUGUCAAGUCAUACGUGGUAGCUGCAUUUCCCAGCGCUUGCGGCAAGACCAACCUGGCUAUGAUUACUCCAACGUUGCCAGGAUAUCGUGCAGAGUGCGUUAGCGAUGACAUCGCCUGGCUAUACUUCGACAAAGACGGCGUUCUCAGGGCUCUCAACCCCGAACAUGGCUUCUUUGGUGUUGCGCCAGGAACAACGAUGAAGACGAACCCGAAUGCCAUGAUGACGAUUCAGACCAACACAAUCUUCACCAAUGUAGCCGUGACGAGCGAGGGUGGCGCAUGGUGGGAAGGUAUGGACAUGCCACCUCCCGAUGUUUCCAUUGCAUCCUGGAUGGGGGAUCCCCAUUGGACACCAGGAGACCCCAAGAAACCUGCUGCUCAGCCAAACGCCCGGUUCUGUGUUCCUGCCGGCCAAUGUCCCACGAUUGACCCUCAAUGGGAAGAUCCUAAGGGCGUGCCCGUGUCAGCCAUAAUCUUCGGAGGACGCCGGCCAGACGGGCUUCCUGUCGUGUUUGAAGCUUUCAAUUGGAAUCAUGGUGUCUUCAUCGGAGCCAGCAUGCGUUCUGAGUGCACGAAUGCUGCGGAGUUCAAAGGAAAAGUGCUAAUGCACGAUCCAUUUGGUAUGCGUCCCUUUUUUGGUAACAAUUUCGGCGAUUACCUGCGCAACUGGAUCAAGAUGGGACAGAACAAGCGCCACAGGCUCCCCAGAAUCUUCCAUGUCAACUGGUUCCGCAAGGGCCCCGACGACCGUUACUUGUGGCCUGGUUUCGGCGAGAACUGCCGGAUCCUGGACUGGAUGCUGAGAAGAAUCGACGGUGAAGUUAACAUUGCCAGGAAAACCAUAGUCGGUUACGUGCCGACAAAUGAUGCGUUGAACUUGAAAGGCCUCAGGCAUCCCGUAGACAUGAAGAGGUUGACGGAAGUCAACAAGGACUUCUGGCGCAAGGAGAGCAAAGACAUCAGACAGUUUUUUCAAGAUCACGUAGGAAAAUCCUUACCUCCAGAAAUCAUGACUGAACUGGAGAAUCUGGAACAACGUGUCGAAACCUUUAAAGAUAACAGCGGCUGGUGGUAAUCGUCAAAGCCAUUCUCUACUAAGACCAAUAAAAACUGAAUUACACUUCGA